GCGUCAUCCCACCUCAGCCAAUCAACGCGCAGCUGGACGCAGCGCUCCUGCUGCUCCGUACAGUAGCAGCCCCAGAAACAAGCAUCUGAAUUUCCUCCAUCUGAAUAUCAGAUCCGCUAAUUUCCGGAUCGAUUUUAAGGGAAUAUUUCUCCUCUAAAUCUGAGGGAAGAUGGACGACUGCGCCAGGAUUGGAGAAAGCUCGGAUGCCAUAGUGACGGAUGACUCUUCUGUGGAUGACAGGGACGUUCAGCAAGCUGGCCAGAGCGACAUUCCGGUUCUUUCUCUGUGCCCCCCCGACGGGUCUGCUGAGACCCAGCUGGCAAUUAGCCAGUCUGACAGGGAGCUUUGUGACAGCUGCAGCAGCCUCGGCAGACCCUCUUCCUCUUUCCAGCUUUACCACCAAGUCCCUCACUGCCUCCACGAUUCAACAAAGCAGAAAAAAUGCCGGCACUGCAGCCCUUGCAGUUCGGCCAAACCGCACGCCUGUCAUUCAAACACAGCAGGUUGUCACGGCGAGGGAAAUGUUCUGGUCAAAGUGGGACACAGCAGCGGUUCUGCCCAUCAGACAUCGAGUCACGGAGCGGUCAGAUGUCACUGGCUCCACGGGUCAAAUGAGAGCCGGGCACAGAAACCGAGGCAGCAUCACGUGAUCACAGUCAGAUAUGGACGACUUUGCAGCCUCCUUAAAAGUUACUCCCGAUUGAUCGUGGACUAUCCAUCACUGCUCCUGCUGGGCUGUGCUGUUCUGCUGCUGGGAUGCUCACUGGCUGGAUUUCUUAUUGGGCCUUUGCCAGACUUCUCUGACCCCAUGCUGGGUUUUGAGCCGCGGGGAACGUACAUCGGAGUUCGGCUGUCCAGCUUAUCCAAACUGCAGGAGAACACUGGUCCGGGGAAAGCCAUGACUGCGGUACCGCAGCAGCUCAGUGGAAGGCUGGAGGACGUCUUCAGUCAAGGCAGUAAUGGAAGUCGAGGUUCUUCCAGAGGUCUUUUUAAGAGGAUGUUGGCUACAGACGCUUCACCAGACGCCUUCCUCUGUGAUGCUCCAGGCGAGAGUUUGGCCCGACUCGUGUUUCGAUCCGAAAACUCAGCCAGUCUCUGGAGUCUUAAGGCGAUUCAAGCCAUGUGUGCAAUGGAGGAAGCGAGGAUUCGCUCGCAGGUCAAAUUCCAGGAUCUGUGCCAGCUGCACGUGAAAGCCGAGGGAACCAGGAGAGGCUGCUGUCCCAGCUGGUCUCUAGGGAAUUACUUGGCGGUCCUUUCUAACGCCUCCUGCUGCCUCAGCCUCAACGCCCAGCAGGUUUCAGAUGCUCUAAAACUUCUCCAAAAAUGUGCUCCUUACUACCAUGAGGGGCGUCUGGUGGAGGCCUGCGUGGAAAGACCGGCGCGUGGCAGCUGCUUCACCGUGCCCUCGCGCUGCAAGCAGUCCCGCGUGGUUUUCCAAAUCCUGCACUUCCUGGUGGACAAAGACUUCCUGGGCCCGGACACCGUAGAGUACCAGAUCCCCACACUGAAGUACAGCCUGAUGUUCCUGCCGGUGGAUAAGGGCGAGCCAAUGAUGGAAGUUUACAUGAACAGCCUCGAAAGCAGGGAUCUGACCUACAAUAAUACAACCAUUACUGGGAUUGAUUUUGGGAUUAAGAAGAGUCUUUUCAAGUACUACCUAACCAGAGAUUUGGUGUACCUAGUUUUGGCUGUUUUUUGUCUUUUGUUCACCAUGGUUUUAUAUCUGAACUCUGUCUUCAUCGUAGCGUUAUCGAUUCUUUCGAUCGCCGGCUCCCUCUUGACGUCCUAUUUUUUCUACAAGGUGGUGUUUCGCCUGACUUUCUUCCCCAUGAUCAGCCUGUCAGCAGCUCUCAUUCUCUUAGGAAGCUGCUCCAAUCAGGUUUUCAUCUUCAGUGACUUCUGGAAUCUGCAUCUGAUGCAGAAUCCCUCCGCCUCGCCAGGGAAGAGAGUAGCCAGAGCUCUGCGUGAAGUUGGCUAUUUGAUUCUAGCAUCGGGGCUAACCUCUAGCGCUGCGUUUUGGUCGGGUUACCUCAGCAGUAUCACAGCGAUCAGGUGUUUCUCUGUCUAUCUGGGUACCUCAUCGUUAAUCAGCUCCCUCUUGUCUCUGAUUUGGCUGCCAUGUGUGUUUACGUUGCGCGAUCGCUACAGAAAGGCCCAUCCCGCGUCUUCGGCCGCACAGGGAUGGAAGCCCUGCUGCUCCAAAAACACAGAGGGCUUCUGGGAAACAAGCUCUCACAAAAAAUGCCUUUUCAUGGUCUCGCAGAAGCUGAGAGAAGUCAAACGAGGCCUCACAGACACUUCCAGUUUGUUGUUCCUGAAAAUCUUGCCCUGUGGAGUGAUCAAGUUUCGGUACAUUUGGGUGUGCUGGUUUGCCGUUCUGGCGGUGGGGGGCACGUACAUGUCCUGUGUGGAGCCGGGAAUGAAGCUGUCAACCCUGGAAAGCCAGGUCGCUCAGCUUUUUCGCUCCAGUCACCCAUUCGAGCGGUACGAUGCAGAGUACAGCCACGUUUUUAUGUUUGAGAGGCAGAAGCGUGGCGAGGAUAAGCCCGUCACAUUAAUGCUUGUCUGGGGUGUCAAACCAACCGACAAUGGGGAUCAUUUAGACCCAAGGAGCAGUGGCUCACUGGUCCUUGACCUUGACUUUAAUAUGAGCCACCCUGAAGCUCAGAUAUGGCUGAGGGAUCUGUGCGGACGAGUCCAGAACCAAAGCUUCUACUCCUCUCCAUCCCUGGAGGAUGAAGACCUUGUGACAGAAAACAUCUGUCUUGUGGAUCAGCUGGUGCGUUGGGUCUCUUCCAGACGGUGCUCGGAAAGCCAUUUCUGCUGCAGUGGCGUCCAUUUCCCAUACCCCCCCGAGGUUUUUGAGAGCUGCCUCAGCCUGAUGCUGGUGGAGAGGUACACUGAGGGUCGUCCACCGCCAAGUGACAGCCUAUACUUCCAUCUAGACGGCAGGGUCGCGGCCCUUGUGCUGUCUUUUAAAACCACCUACCUCUACAGCUUCAACUUCAGCAGGACCAGCGUUUUUUACCAACAAAUCCUGACUUGGUUCAACGGAGAAAUGUCUGGAGCACCACAAGGACUGGAGAAGGGCUGGUUCGUUGGCCCGUUGUCUCUUUUUGAUCUACAGCAGUCUUUGAGCACAGAGACGCUGGUUGUAGCUGGCUCCUCUGUGGCUUUCACCUUUGUUUUGCUACUCCUGACCACAUGGAACAUUGCACUGAGCAUAUAUGCCACCGCUGCCGUCGGAGGGACAGUGUUCGUCACGGUUGGCCUCCUCGUUCUCCUGGAAUGGCAGCUGAGCGGCCUUGAGGCUCUUUUCAUAUCAGCAGCUGCAGGGUUGUCUGUCGACUUCGUAGCUAACUAUUGCAUUUCCUACAGUUUAGCUCCUCAUUCGGAUAAAAUUGGAAAAGUUGUGCACUCCACUAAAAAGAUGGGGUGUCCUGUAGCAAUCGUUUCUGGUGCAUUCUUCUUCAUGGGCGUCGUUAUGUUACCUGCCACAGCCUUACAUUUCAGGAAGCUUGGCAUCUUCUUGUUUUUGGUGAAAUGCGUCGCCUGUGGAUUUGCCACUUUCUUCUUCCAGUCGCUGUGCUGCUUCUUCGGGCCCAAGAGACGCUGCAGAACAAUACAGCUGCCAUGUCUCUCAGAGCGGGCAAAUGGUGCCCUGACCCCUUGCCCCGAGCCUGGUUCCUCGUCAUCCUCGGCUGCAAACGGGGCCUUUGGAAAGUCCCAUGUUAGACGGAGUUAUGACAGAGAGCCGGACGGGUACCUUUACCCCCAUCACCAGCGCCAGCAGAAACAGAUGGAAGGUGGGGACGACGUGAACAGGAGGGCGGAGCAGUACGAACUGCAGCCACUAGCUUAUCGACUGAGCGACAGCUUUGAGAACAGCACCUGCACCAGUAAACUGUCCAACCGACCGUCUGUGCUCUCUGAUGAGAUAGAGUAUUGUGAGGGAGAGUUGAGCAACACCAGCAGAGACAAGGAAAGCCAUGCGAUCUGCCAAGCACCUCCUGCUCUGCAGACCUCCUCCCCUUAUAGGGAGCCCACUUUGAAAAACGCUGCAGGAGACAAGCUGCUGUGUAAAACAUGCACAGCUGCGGUCAAGGAGUGGAGUGGCACACCCCGCUCCGUAUCAUCAAGCUUCAUCAGCCAAACGCUGGAUACCUCUGACCAGCUCUUACCCUGCGGAGGCAACAACGUUGUAGAUGGCGAAGGUCAGCGUGAAGAGCCCCUCCUGUACUGCUCUCAGAGCUCCUGCGAGGGUUUGGAGGAUUCCUGUGACACGUGCCUCAGUGACGUCGAACCGGGGCCCCCGUGCCUCGACAGCACUGCCGAGGUCCACCUGCAGCCGGGACAUCUCAACGGCAGGCGAGAAGCGCUCCGGCUCUCGCUGAGGGAAACCGUUUACGAGGCCGGCAGCAGGGACUGGCUGAGCCGCAGCGAGGAGGUCGUCAUUCUACCCAACAGUAAACCGGACUUACCCGACGUUUGGAUAAAGAGGGAUGGACAACAAGAGGCCACCUGCUAGGGCGAGCCGGAGGAAGCAAGAAAACACUGUGCUUUCAUCACUAACUUAAAAUAAACCACAGAAAUAUAAUAAACUGGAAGAAAACUUUCACUGAAGUUUUAUGUUAUUUAGAUGUUGCCGGCGACAUUUCAGGUGUAAAAGGUUUGAAACCAGAAUUUUAAUGCCAGUGUUGCCAUUCUUUUGACUACCGUAACUCUUCAACCAGUUACAUAAUUCACCUAAUUCCAGCAGAUUCAGAAGAAAAGCGACUUUACGACAUUAUAAAACUCUUAAUGAUAGUAACGUGCUGUAUUUCGGUGCAAAGCCGAUGUGCCAGUAUCAACUGGUUCACGUUGAUCUCGUAAAUGGUCGAAAAGUCAUGCUGGGUCGAAUAGCAUGUGUUACUUAGGUGUCACCAGCGAUACUAAAGCUUCAGCUCCAGUGUUGACAUUACCGUAAUUCUUCGACUAUUUAGGCAAUCGACGUAAUUCAAGCAAAUUCUGUACUUCAUAAAAGUACAUUUGCACUGAUGUGCUAAACUUUACAGUGGUGAAGUGCUUACGCAAUCAACGUGAAUUGGCUGAUACUGACACGGAGAAAAGCGGUUUUGGCGGUAUGCAUUGUCGCUUUUCUCAGCGUCACAAUCCGUUGGAAUUACAUUAAUCAUGUAAAAGGUCAAAGAGUUACGCUAGGUCAAAGAGAGCCUAUUUAGGUGUCGCUGGUGACGUCUCCGGUGUUAAAGGCUUAACACCGGAGCUUUAGCUCCGGUGUUAAGCCUUUGUUGACAUUCUCUUGACUACCUAACUAUUCGACCAUUUACGCAAUUAAUUUAAUUACAUCCGAUUCUGAGGCGCAGAAAAGUACAUUUGCGGUGACAUGCAAAACUUUACAGUAGUGAAGUGUUUAUGCAAGCAGCAUAAAUACGCUGAUUUUAUCAGAAUCUGUUGAAAUUAUCUUAGUUGCAUAAAUGGUCAAGGAGUUCAUGUAUUUUGAAGACUGCGUGUUAUUUAGACAUUUCUGGUGUUGAAGGGUUAAUAACAAAUCUUUUAGGAAGUAAAAGCCAACUUCACAUGUGACAUAGGACAGCAUAUCAGGGUAGAGGUUUAUUUGAAAUAAGCCUGGUCUGUGGUGUUUUUAAUUCCUAGUUGACUGCGUUUUGAUGAAUUGUUUUAGAGCAGGAAAAUGCGAGACUAGGACUGAUAAACGGCGGGCCAGAGUGGAAGCUUUCCAUUCAGAAGCAUGCACCACUUGAAACCACAGUUUAUUUAGCACUAACUGCAUCUGCUGGACUGACCGUGUGCCUCAGACUUUAUACUUUUCUGCCUCUGAUGUUCUUUGGAAAAAACAGAACCUUUUAAUUUUUUUUAAACUAAAUUCAAGUUUAAUUCCCAAAGCUCAAUAUGUUUCAGUUUUAAUGUAGAUUUCCAAGUUACAGUGAUAACUAUUUGAGUAGCCUUUUCUAAAUUUAAGCUAAAAAAAAGAUACAAAUUAAAGAAAUGCAGCAUUAAUGCUGGUUUUAUUUCUAGGAGAAGCUGCAGGUGAAUCUUUUGCAUGAUUUGACCUUUCUAAUAAAUUUGCAUCUGCAAUAAUGCGGUUUCUUGAAUCAGCACAAAACAAAAGGUUGCUGCUGUUGUCACCAUUGUAGAAGUACUUGUGGCUGCAGCAGCAGCAGGAGGUCCCACUGAGGUCUCUCCGGACCUCUGCAUUUGAACUUCUCAGUCCACGAAGGUCGUUGCUGUUUCUCCAGCUGCGACUUAGCCUAACGUGCCUGCUCUCAACCAAUCAAACCUUUUGUCAGAUUAUGUUUGUGUCCGAAUUCCCUCACAACUCCAACUAGUGUCCAUUGAUACUCCCUAGAUUGGUAAUUAUAGACCACAAUGCAUUGCAUUUGAACAUUUUUUUAAAUAAAUCAUCCAAGUUUUCGCCAGCAAAACACAAUGGAUUUAUUAAUAGUUGUCAUAAAAUGAUCGUACUUAUUGGGUUUUUACUUCGGCAAAUGGGUGAUGUCAUUUUUGCUAUUUAAAACAAAAAAAGGAGUGAGUAAGGUGUUCAAAUUGUGUUAAGUAUCAUGCCAGACGCAAUUCGCACGUUUGGGGCAUCAUAUUUCAAUGCUGAGUUAAUGUACAGACACGAUCUGAGGUCCUGCGGUGGGAUUUGGGCAGCAGACGUGGCUAACCUUUAGGCUUGUGACGUUUUCUGUGACUCCAUCAGGGGGUUGAAAAAAAAAUCCAAUAUGGCCCCCUAAUGUGAGGAUUUUCGUCCUGUACUUCCAUCCACUUUCUUAACCUGCUAGGGCCGCGGGUGACUGUCCCAGUUACAGUACUGGGCGAAGGCAGGAUGCUCCCUGGACAGGUCCCAGCCUGUCACAGAGCCCAUGGAGCUGUGGUGAUUGAGCAUCCUACACUAGCCAGCCACCUGGUAGACAGUGUAAAGCAACCGCCGCCACCCAGGGUCCCCGGUUGACUGCCCAGCAGAUGAACAGCCGCUGCAGUUGCCAUCAUAGCAGGCGCAAUCACUCCAGGUCCAUGGGUUUAUGAUGUUACUCUCAUUUUCAUCAAAACAAUAAUUUAAAAAAAAUCCUCCAGUUUUAUUUGUAUUUCCUCUCUCUGGUAAUGCGGGACAGAAAUUCUGUAAACUGAGCCGUAGACAGAAGCAGCAUUUACAACAGCUGUCACAUUCAGGUGAGAUUUAAUGUACUGCCAGCGUCUCUGAAGGAUCUGUUGAACCCAGACACGGCGGCGUGCUUGGCGGCACCUCUGUCCAAAGCACACAAAGCCAAGCUACUCACUCACUAUCAUUCAUGUUUUCCAUGGUGUGGCAACGAAUGAAAUCCAGAAAAACAUUGGCGGUUCACAUUCACGUCUGACGCCUCUUUUUUGGCGUGCGAGUCGCGUCCGGUGUGAACGCAGCUUUAGGGCGUAGUGAGGGAAUUUAGACUUAGAAUCCGUCUCCCUCAGAUGUGAUAUGGGGCCGUGCAUCACGCAAAACAGAAGCUUCCAGUUACCUGUGUGUGUGUGUGUGUGUGUAUAUAUGUGUGUCAAAGGCUACUUUUUCCGUCUACUGUCAUUUUAAAAAAUGUUAACCAAGUUUCGGUGCCGAAAAAAACCAACGUUUAUGAUGAUUUGAAUGCUUUAUAUCACCUGCUUAUACAUGUUUGGAGCAUAAUGGUCUGCCUCUCUGUUGAAACACGGCCAGCAGGUCAAGUGUUUUUAUCAGCUGUUUCUGCGUAGCUCAGUAUUCCUGACAUAAACAGCAUGUGCCAAAUGUUUUUUAGCACUCAAAGUGUCUUUUUGUGCCAAAUGUUUACUGUAAUUUAUGUGAUCUUGAUUCUAAAAGGAUAAUGAAAUGGGUGUGAUAGAAGUUUAGCAUGAAUGGAUUAAAUAUAUAUGUGAGGGGAGUUUUAUCCAUUUUUACUCAGAAAUUUAUCUUUUAUUUUCCUGCACAGAAAGACCUGCCUUCCAAGAUAAAUUGUAUAAAUUA